UCUGAAUGAAGUGAAUAAUGAGGCGGCGUUAACGUAUUUGUUUAUUUCAUAGUAUUCCAAUUUUUACAAUGAAAUCACGUUAAAUUAAAGCAAUAAUUAACUCAGUUCAAUUAUAGUGGCCUUAAGUGAAGUGCUAGUGUAAUUACAUUAAUCAUACGAGUUUUUAGAUGGGCGUUAACUUCAGGUUAUUAUAGCUUAAGACUGAACUAUGAAUCUCAUAUUUAUAACAUGGAUAAGUUACAUAGCACUCUUUCACUUAUGCACGGCUCAGGACUAUGCGUCUACUUACAACCCAGACCCAACUCUAACAAAGGAUUUUAAUGACCCAAACAGAAGGUUACAAGACCGUAAUCCAUAUGAAAACCGAAACCAAUAUGACCCUAAUCAGAGAUACAGUCCAGACCGGAAUGAUCCAUAUGGUAGAAAUGAGUUUGGCACAGAUAAUCAAAGGCCUACGUGGGAAAGAGGGCCAAGUUAUGGUGGUUCAUUCAAAACACCAGCUUUGGAACAUGAAAACCUUAUCAUCAAUGAAGCCACCUACUUCAUUGUGGCAUCCAAGAUAGUUCGUCCGGGGCAGAUCUAUAAGAUCUCUGCCAGUAUCCUCAAAGCUCGUCUUCAGAUGACCAUCAGAGCCUCCAUAUCGAGGGAUGGAGUGGAGAUUGCUGAUAUUCUGCAGAGGGUUAAGGAAGGAGUGCCUGAGAUCCUCAACAUGAGGAUACCGGUCAACUCUGUGCCUGGCGACUACAAGCUGCGCGUGGAGGGCCUCUACAUGGACACGCCGUUUGGAGGCCGAGCCUUCCACAACGAAACCCAGCUAGUGUUCUCGCGCCGGUUCAUGACCAUAUUCAUACAGAUGGACAAACCUGUCUACAUGCAGGGGCAGACCGUUCGCUUCCGCGCCAUCCCCAUCAACACUGAACUGAAGGCAUUCGGGCGGGCCAUAGACGUCUUUAUUCUAGACCCCAAUCGUCGCAUCAUGAAGAGGUGGCUUUCAAGACAGAGCAACUUUGGUACCGUAAGCCUACAAUACCAGAUCUCGGACCAGCCUCUGUUUGGAGAGUGGCACAUCCGAGUUGAAGCGCUGGGACAAGUAGAGGAGACCACCUUCCUCGUUGAGGAGUAUUAUCAGACCAGGUUUGAGGUGAACGUGACAAUGCCAGCGUUCUUCUUCAACACGGAGCCCUACAUCCACGGCCGCGUCAUGGCGAACUACACCUCGGGGGCUCCGGUGCGCGGCAACCUCACGCUGAGGGCCACCGUGCGCCCCAUCCCGCACUACCGUCCGGAGUACUACCACCAGGGGCAGUACAACAACCAGGGCCACUAUGGAGUCCAACCGGGAUACUCUUCGCAGUACGGCAGGACGCGUCAGAACGCAAACCCGUACCUGUACAACGAAUCGUCCGCGCAAUAUGAGCAGUUCCGGCCCGGGCAGCCCAGCCGCUUGGACCAGCCGGGCUGGUGGUACGACGCGCAGGCGGUCAGGACCAGAUUGUUCAACUUUGACGAAAAGUACCCAUUCUGGAUGCCGAAACCCGAUCCGAACCAGUACCUGAAUCAAUACGGACAGACGCCAGCCGACACCAACUACAAUACAUACAGCACUACAGGGUAUAGUGGCUCUUCGUACAGCGAGUACUACUCGUACAACCUCAACCAGCUGCCCUACUUGAGAUAUUUCAAUGGCACAUACGACUUCAAAUACCCCAUGUCGGAGUUGGCGCAACUGGUGCCGGUGCUGGACGGCGUGGAAGUGAUAAUAACGGCGUCGGUGGGGGACCCGUUCCUGGACGAGGUGGUGGAGGGCUACAGCAUCGCCAGGAUCCACAACUCCUCCCUGGCCGUCACCUUCCUGGGGGGCACGCCGCAAGUCUUCAAGCCGCAUAUGCCGUUCGAUAUCUAUAUGGCGGUGUCGUACCACGACGGGUCGCCGCUGGCGGCGCAGCGCGCGCGCGCAGUGUCGCUGUCGCUGUCCGCGCAGCCCGAGGGUCGCGGUGCUGUGCUGCAGCACGCGGCCGCGCCUGCGCUCGUGCCCGGACACGCGGCCAUCUGGCACGUCAAGCUGGACCUCUACACGCUGAUGAAUCUGGAGCGCGACGCGAACUACCGCGAGACACUGAGCGGGGUGACCGGCGUGAGACUGAACGCUCAGCUGACGGACGGCAGCGGCGGCCGCGCCAGCGCGGACAUGAGGCUGGUCGCGCACCACAGCCCGACCAACCAACACAUAAGGGUGGCCACCUCUACCACCGAUGCUAAGGUCGGAGAAUACGUGAUCUUCCAUGUCCAGAGCAACUUCUACAUGGAGUCGUUCAACUACGUGGUGUUAUCCAAGGGCAUCAUAUUGACCAGCGCUCAGGAGAUCAUGCCGGAAGGAGUUCGCACGUUCGCAGUGACGGUUUCAGCGGAAAUGGCGCCUGUGUCUACAAUAGUGGUGUGGUGUACCGAGCGCAGAGGUCACGUGUUGGCGGACUCACUGACCUUCCCUGUCAACGGGAUAUCUAGAAACAAUUUCACAGUGUUCAUCAACAACCGUAAGCAUCGUACGGGCGAACGAGUGGAGGUCUCCAUCUACGGUGAACCGGGAGCUUACGUGGGACUUUCGGGUAUCGACAACGCGUUCUAUACCAUGCAGGCUGGAAACGAACUCACUUACGCUAAGGUGAUAUCUAAGAUGUCGUAUUUCGACGAAGCCACGAACGGAACGUUUGCGUACACGUGGCGCUCACACUUGGGCGACGCGGACGAGCUUGUCUACUUCCCAUCGUCUACUUACGGCAUUGACGCGAAUAGGACUUUUGAAUACGCGGGCCUAGUGGUAUUCUCCGAUGUGGAAGUCAGUCGUCGGCCAAGUAAUUGUAAUGCCACUGCUGGCUUCCUAGAAUGUUUGGAAGGUGGCGCGUGCUACACUCACGAGCAGAGAUGUGACGGCAACGCUGAUUGUAUCGACCGCACGGAUGAAGCUAACUGUGAGCACGACAGCACAUUCGAGCUGAGCCACUUCCGUAAGUUCCGCUUCAACCGCGUGCAGCGGCAGUACGACAACGCGUGGCUCUGGCGCGACGUCAACGUCGGCCCGCACGGCCGCUACGUCUUCACGGUCGACGUGCCGCAGGUGCCGGCGCAGUGGACCGUGUCAGCGUUCAGCAUGUCCCCGACGCUGGGGGUGGGCAUGCUGCACACUCCCAUACGCUACGUGGGCGUGUUACCGUUCUUCAUAAAAGUGGAAGGCCCGGACCGCUGUCGCCAAGGGGAACAGAUCGGCAUCAGAGUGGUCGUGUUCAACUACCAGCCGCAGGCCAUCGAAGCUGUAGUGGUAUUGGAGGCUUCGCCCGAAUACAAGUUCAUUCACGUGGAGGAGAACGGCAUUGUGGUGUCGUACAACCCGCGCACAUCGUUCGGUGAGCAGCAGUUCUUCGUGUACAUCGCGGCCGGUGACGCGGCCACCGUGCACGUGCCGGUGGUCAGCACCCGCCUGGGCGACAUCCGCGUGCGGCUGCACGCUGCCACGCUGCAGGGGAAACACCGCGCCAUCAAGAAGAUCACUGUCGAGGCGGACGGUCUCCCGCAGCACCGACACCAGUCGGUGCUGCUGGACCUGUCCAGCCGCGCGUACGUGUUCCAGUACAUGCACGUGAACGUGACGGAGACGCCGCUGAUCCCGUACGAGGUGGACCGCUACUACGUGCUGGGCUCCAACCGCGCGCGCGUGUCCGUGGUGGGCGACGUGGUGGGGCCGCUGUUCCCCACCAUGCCCGUCAACGCCUCCAGUCUGCUGGAUCUGCCUAUGGACUCAGCGGAACAAAACAUGUUCAGUUUUGCCCUGAACAUGUACCAUACUCUCUACAUGCGUCUCAUCAACCAACGCAACAGAACAUUGGAAAAGGAAGCGUUCUACCACAUGAACAUUUUGUACCAACGACAACUGUCCUUUAUGAAGCCCGAUGGGAGCUUCAGUACCUUUAGAAGCGACUGGAACCAAUCAGCAUCGAGCGUGUGGCUGACGUCAUUCUGCGCGAAGAUCCUGCAAGACGCGUCCUUCAACGAGUGGGAGAACUUCAUUUAUAUCGACCCCAAUGUGAUAUCGCAGGCGGUGUCGUGGGUGCUGCAGCACCAGACGCCGCAGGGCGCCUUCUACGAGCCGCAGUGGUCCCCGGACCGCAGCGCCAACGACACGCUGUCUGUGCCGCGCGCGCAUGCGCUCUACCGCGACAGCCUCGCCAUGGGCGCCUCCAUAGUGAAUGGCUAUGCCGUGAUGACCCGCAAUAUCACGUUGACCGCACAAGUGGUAAUCACGCUUGAAACGGUCAAGAAUCUCAAGGACAUUGACCUAAGAGAGGGUCUAAGCGCCCACGUGGCGAUCGCCCAACAACGCGCCAUCGGCUACCUGGAGCGCAAUUUGCAAAUGUUGUUCGACUUCGGGGAGCCCUACCCUCUCGCGGUGGUGGCCUACGCCCUCACCUUCUCCAAGGCGCCUAGCUCCGAACACGCCUACAGACUGUUGAAGCAGAAACAGAGAUCUGAAGGUGGCCUAGAAUACUGGGGCAAGGAGCCAGUGCCGCAGCCUCCAUACAAGACUGAGAACCAGAAGCCGUUCCUGCUGCCGCGGCUGCCGUACAAGUACGACUCCAACAACAUAGCGGCUACCGCGUACGCCUUGCUGGCCUGCAUGGACCACCAGGACAACAACGAGGCGGUCGUCAUGUGGCUCAACUCGCAGAGGCUCAGGGACGGCGGCUGGGAGUCCACUCAGGACACAUACAUAGCAACCCGUGCACUAAUCGAGUACACCAAUAGGAAGCGUCUGCGUGACGUCAGCACUCUGACGGUUACCAUAGACGCUGUGGCUUUGAAGGGGGCUUCCAGGGUGCUGCAUUUGGAGAACAACAACAUGGCCACAGUCCAGAGUAUCGAUAUCCCCGAAGCGUGGGGCACGGUGAAGGUGGAAGCGCGGGGCGCGGGCUACGCCAUCCUGCAGCUGUCGGUCCAGUACAACGUGGACAUCGCGCGCUUCCAGACUCAGCCUCCGCUGCCCGCCUUCUCUCUGCUGGCUCAGCCGCUGCGCUACUACGGCCGCAAUCAGUCACACAUCGAGUUCCAGAGCUGCGCCAGCUGGACGCUAGUGGAGGAGUCCCCGCGCUCGGGCCUGGCGGUGAUGGACAUCGCAAUCCCCACGGGCUACAUGGUGCAGCAGCAGCGGCUGGACGCCUACGUGCUGUCGCGCCGCGUGCCCACGCUGCAGCGGGCCAAGUACCUGCCCGCCAAGAUACUCUUCUACUUCGAUUACCUGAGCGCCGAGCAGACGUGCGUGAACUUCACGAUCGAGCGCUGGUUCCCGGUCGCCAACAUGUCGCGCUACCUGCCUGUCCGCGUCUACGACUACUACGCGCCGGAGCGCUACAAUGAAACAAUCUUCGACGCCCUGCCGACAUACCUGCUAAACAUUUGCGAAGUAUGCGGCUCCUCGCAAUGCCCGUACUGCGCGAUAUACAACGCUGCUUUUAAAUCCACCGUCGCGUUCCCCGCACUACUGAUAGCCGUCAUGGUAUCUCUCGUGCGAUAUUACCGACCUACGAUCGAUGUCGAAGUGGUAACGUAGUGUUGUGUAAGGAAAGGUUUUCUUCUGGAUGAUUCUGGAUUUACUGCGUAGAAAAAAUGAGUAUUGUUUUUAUAGUUCAAUGGCUCUCUUGUAUUUGAAUAGUGAAUCUCAAAUUGAUAUAUCUCAUUUUAAAACGUUCUUAUAAAGCCAUUAAAAAUUUAAUCGUCUUAUAUAUAAAAAAGUUGUAGCGUACUUGCUAAAGUAUGUUGUUUCACUGUCGCGCUUUACAAUUGAAAUUGACAGAACGAGACAAAAUAUAAUACUUUAGCAUGAUGUAGUUGAUUAUUAUGCUGUAACUUUUUAUUAUUAUUGAGAGGGUAAAUUGUUAAGCCAGACCAGAUUGAGCCAAGUGAUUUUUAUUAAAAGUUAUUAAACUUUAUUUUGUAUGUGUAGGCACUACACAUUAAAACCGUUUGGAUAUCCACCAUUUAAACUUUAGAUCUGAAUUAGGUAGUUAGAAAUUUGCCGCAUAUAAAAGUGAAUCAAAGAAUAUGUGAUUAUGUGUGUACGUUUUGUUGUUACUAACCACCGUUUAGUCAUUAGUAUGAUUUUUUUACCAAUUCUUACUAAUCUGGUUGUGCAAGAUUUAUAAAAUUGAAACAGUUUUCUAUGUCUACCUAUCGACUGCUACGUUAAUAUUUUACCAUAUAGUAUUUUCUUAAAAUAUUAAUAGAGAUUGCUUAGGCAAUUUAUGAAAAAAAAUCUCCUUUUUCAUUAAGUUUUCUUCUCCAUUCCAUAUUAGUUAGAUUAGCACUUAUAUGUUUGGUCGUAAGCCAAGGAUAUAUUCAAAGAAAGUAAUUAUUGAUGUCUUGAAAAUACUCCAUGAAAAUAAUGUAAUGAUUUCUAUUACAAAAACUUCGCCUUCUAUCUUGAAAUUCUCACUUUAAUUUCUCAGUUACACGAUUUCACAAAGUAUAUAGUCUAAUCACAAAAUGUCCUAUAUUAACGUAUAAUCGUCUAAGCUCAGUGUCCGCUUUCUCACUCGACUGUCAGGCUGCGACCAAAUAUAAUAUCUCUUUAGUAUUUAGGGCGUGUUCAGUAUAUUGUACAUUUCUGUAGAAUUAUAAGCUAUAUACUUAUUGGCAGUGCCGUAAAUAGGGGCGAGCGAACGGUGCCCAGGGACACGGCGCAGGAAUGGUCAGACCGAGAACACAAAAAAUACCUAUUUUAUGUCUAACUAUAGUUAUCUACGGUAAACUCACACGAUGGAAAGUCAAUUUGUGACUAGUUAUUUUUCAUAAAUGUUUUUACAACUCAUUUAACUUUACAGUUAUGUAGUUAUUUAGUGAAAAAAUAUUUCCUGUUCUAGUUAUCUAAACUGCAAAGUAACUACGAAGCAAUAUUACUAAUUUUCAUAACAAAAUUGUCAAUCUCUCUAAUCCGAGCGUUGUUCCGGUUAUUAACUCAGCCGUUGAGCAUCGGAGCCCAGGAUCCGCUAAUUGUUUAUUAAGCCGUUUAAAAUUAAGGGGCGUUAUUGUAAAGGCUCAGACGUACGAGACGCUAGUUACGGCACUGCUUAUUGGACACUGGAUUUUGAUGCACCAUUUACUUUCCGGUGCUUUUAUCAAGUUUUUCAACUGUAUUUGUAAUAUGUAAUAUUUGUAUCUAUAAAUAUAUCCUGUAAUGUAUUAAUAUUUACGACUACUUGCAACGAUGUACAUUUGGUGACCGGGCGACUGUUAUUUUUCACUAACUGGCAAAAAUAUCCAUCCAUAUCUUUCCAUCUGAAGCAUCAAACUAAUAGAUAUUAACUGUUGUUUUAUUUUAACAUUCGGGUGUGGUUGCUGUAAUAGCAGGUAAUGGUCGCUAGUCCCUCUUGUCUGCUUAUUUACCUGAUGGUUUACUACCAUCUAUAUAUAUAAGGAUUUCUCAGAGAAAAUAUCAAACACAGUGGAAGUAGAAUCGCUAUUUUCAUUCAUAAGGCGAGUGGAUGUACAUAUCCCAAUAUGUAUGUAUACUGAUAUCAAUUCACACCAUAUCACUUUGUAAAUUUCGUGGCAGCCUUUUGCAAGAUUUUUUUACCAUUUUACUUGUAUAUAUUUAAUGGUAAAAUAAUUAUUACUCUUAAGUGUAACAAUUUGAUGAUUAAUUUCGUAAAUUUAUACAAAUGAAGAGCAAAAUGUAAUCAAAAUGCCUUAUUAGAUAAAGACAAUAUUCUAAAAAUAUCAUGAAGUUAUUGGAAUAUUUUUUAUAAAAAAGAAUCUAUAUUAUUUUUAUGUAUUAGAUGCAUAAGGAUUGCAUAUUUCUUGUAAAGAUUGCUUUAAUAUUUUUUCUUUCUUUAUUUACAUCUUAAUUUCAGAUAUUAGAAGCUAUAUUUUUUAAAUCAUAUCUUUAAAUAUAUUACAUUCUUGCUCUAAGAAAGAAUGAAACAAUCAUGUACAAAAAUGCCCGUCCAAAAAUUGCCACUUAGAUAAAAUGAAAAUAUUUUAACUGUGAGCAGAUAAUACUUAACAAAAAUAUGUAACAUGUUACUUAAAGUAGUUUCCGUCCAAAAUUUACCAAUGACUGAUUUUUUUUUACUUUUGUAUAUGUAUGUGUGUAAUAUUCUAAGUUGUUACAACAAGUGUAGCAUACGUGUAGGAGAGUAGAAAUAUCAUUAUUGACUCUUCAUAGAUUUAUUUCAAAAUAAAAUUCUUUGGAAAUAAA